AUGGAAGAUAUAUUUCAAUGGUGCCGAGAAGGAAAUGUUAUGCUCGUUCGAGUAUGGUUGGAUGAUACGGAAAAUGAUUUGAACCAAGGAGAUGAUCAUGGUUUGAGCCCUUUGCAUUGGGCUUCGAAAGAAGGCCAUGCCAAGAUUGUGGAACUUUUACUUCAAAGAGGUGCCAGAGUGAAUGCAACAAACAGAGGAGAUGACACAGCUCUUCAUUUGGCAGCUGCCCAUGGCCAUAGAGAAAUAGUUCACAUGUUGCUUAAAAGUCGAGCCGAUGUCAAUUUCAUAAAUGAACAUGGUAAUUCACCACUACAUUAUGCAUGUUUUUGGGGUUAUCAAGGAAUCGCAGAAGAUUUAGUGGCACAAGGAGGUUUAGUAUCUUUGGCUAAUAAAGAUGGAGAUACACCUCUUGACAAAGCCAGGGGUCACCUCGCUAAGACCUUACAUGAUCUUGCUGUCGAAACUGGUCAAGACCUCAAAAAAAUCACAUUUAAAGAUCAAAGUUGGCUCGGAUUAAAAACAAGAAGCAGAGAUCCGACAUUGUCCAGACAUCGUGGAAUUAAUAUUGCUGAUUUAGCUUUACACACAAAAAUUGCAAGUACUCCAAGUGGUGAUACAUGGCGCGGAAAGUGGCAAAAGAAUGAUGUUGUCGCCAAAAUAUUAGCCGUUAGAGAAUGUACUCCACGUAUAUCACGUGACUUCAAUGAAGAAUUCCCUAAAUUGAGAAUUUUUUCACAUCCAAACGUUUUGCCAGUCAUCGGAUGCUGCAACAGUCCUCCCAAUUUAGUUGUCAUAAAUCAAUACAUGCCUUGGGGAUCUUUGUACACUUUGUUACACGAAGGAGCUGGCGUCGUCGUCGACAUGGCACAAGCUCUAAGAUUCGCCGUUGACACUGCCAGAGGAAUGGCAUACCUUCAUAGCCUGGAGAGACUCAAUCCGCAAUUUAAUUUAAACAGCCGACACAUCAUGAUAGACGAAGAUUUGACAGCCAGAAUAAAUAUGGCGGAUUUUAAAUUUACAUUUCAAGAACGUGCCAGAGUCUACUAUCCCGCUUGGAUGUCUCCCGAAGCACUACAAAAGAAACCCAGCGAUAGGAAUUGGGAAGCUUGCGACAUGUGGUCAUUUGCUAUACUCCUGUGGGAAUUAUCAACGCGAGAAGUACCAUUUGCGGAUUUAUCCCCGAUGGAACAAGGAAUGAAAAUUGCCGUCGAAGGAUUAAGGAUAACCAUACCUCCCGGAAUAUCGCCACACCUCGCCAAAUUAAUACGAAUAUGCAUGAAUGAGGAUCCGGGAAAAAGACCGACGUUCGAUCAAGUUUUACCCAUAUUAGACAAGAUGAAACGUUGA